CACAAUCACACCAACCCCCAGGACGUAUGGUAUUUCCUCAUUGGAAUCCCAGGACUGGAAGACUUGCAUACCUGGAUCUCCAUCCCUAUCUGCUCCAUGUACAUUGUAGCAGUCAUGGGCAACAUCUUCUUGAUCCUUCUGAUUGUCACUGAGCGCAGUCUCCAUGAGCCCAUGUAUCUCUUCCUCUCCAUGCUGGCCCUAGCAGACGUCCUACUCUCCACGGCCACAGCUCCCAAGAUGCUGGCCAUCUUCUGGUUCCAUUCUACAGAUAUAUCUUUCCGUAGCUGUGUGUCCCAGAUGUUCUUCAUCCAUUUCAUCUUCGUGGCAGAAUCUGCUAUUCUCCUGGCCAUGGCCUUUGACCGCUAUGUGGCCAUCUGUCACCCUCUGAAAUACACCAUGAUCCUUACCUCACCAGUCAUUGGUAAGAUUGGCAUUGCAGCUGUCCUCAGGAGCUUUUUCAUCUGUUGUCCAUUCAUCUUCCUGGUGUAUCGACUCUUAUAUUGUGGGAAAAACAUCAUCCCCCAUUCCUACUGUGAGCACAUGGGCAUUGCCAGGUUGGCUUGUGACAAUAUCAAUGUCAACGUUAUUUACGGACUCACUGUGGCUCUGCUCUCCACGGGGCUGGAUAUAAUAUUCAUCAUUAUGUCCUACACAGCGAUCCUUUAUACUGUUUUUCAGAUACCUUCCUGGGCUGCCAGAUAUAAGGCCCUUAACACAUGUGGUUCCCAUAUCUGUGUCAUCCUUUUGUUCUAUACACCAGCAUUCUUCUCCUUCUUUGCCCAUCGCUUCGGAGGCAAAACCAUUCCUCGCCACAUCCACAUCCUAGUGGCGAACCUCUAUGUGGUGGUGCCCCCUAUGCUCAACCCCAUCAUUUAUGGAGUGAAGACCAAACAAAUUCAAGAUCGGGCGAUUUAUGUUUUCUCCUCUAUGAGUACAUGUUGUUAA